AUGCCACACUCAAUUGCCGAGGCCAAGUCGUCUCAAGGCGCCAUCAAAGACGAACCCAUGGACGAACCCAAUCUACCCAGCAGCAUUGGACAAGCAGCCGGUGAUGACGAUGUUGAUAUGGACGAUGACACAAAGAGCGCUCCUCCUGCUAAAAGGACGGUCGGGUUGACUGAUUUGUUUGCCGCCGACGAUUCGGAUGACGAAGAGUUUCCUAGUUCUGCUCCCGUCAAAGAGCAACCCUCUAGCCCGCCUGCAAGAAUACCAUCGCCGACCGACAUUGCCGCGUUAAAGGCAUCCGAUCCCGAAGUCAUGCGAAGUUUCUACCAACGUUUGUUCCCCUGGCGCCAGCUAUUCCAAUGGCUGAACCACAGCCCGACUCCAACCAACGAUUUCGGAAAUCGAGAAUUCGCCUUUACUCUCCAGAACGACGCAUACCUGCGAUACCAGUCGUUUGCGACUGCAGAUCUCCUUCGCAAAGAUGUCCUACGUCUAAUGCCAUCGCGUUUUGAAAUCGGCCCUGUUUACUCUACGAAUCCACGAGAUCGCAAGAUGCUCCGCAACACAUCAGCUUUCAGGCCCCUUGCCAAGGAACUCUGCUUUGAUAUCGAUUUGACGGACUAUGACGAUAUCCGAACCUGCUGUGACAAGGCCAACAUUUGCAACAAGUGCUGGAAAUUUAUGACUAUGGCCAUCAAGGUUAUUGACGUUGCGCUGCGUGAGGAUUUUGGCUUCAAGCAUAUCAUGUGGGUGUACUCAGGUCGUCGUGGUGCCCACGCCUGGGUGUGCGACAAGAAAGUUCGUAGCUUGGACGAUCAGAAGAGGAAAGCUAUCGCCGGCUACCUUGAGGUCGUCAAGGGAGGCUCACAGAGUGGUAAAAGAGUCAAUAUCUGGAGACCAUUGCACCCUCAUCUGGCUCGAAGCCUUGAUAUUCUCAAAACUCACUUCCAAGACGAUGUUCUAGAACUACAAGAUCCUUGGGGUACGGAAGAACGAUAUGAGGGACUAUUGAAACUGCUACCCGAUCGAAACCUCAACGAGUCCCUCCGACGCAAAUGGGAUGCUGCUCCCGGACGAGCCUCAACCUCUAAAUGGGCUGAUAUUGAUGCCGUGGCCAAGACUGGCGCCAGCAAGAACCUUGAUGCGCGAGCGCUCCUUGAAGCAAAGCAAGACAUUGUUCUCGAAUACACCUACCCACGGCUUGAUAUCGAAGUCAGCAAGAAAUUAAACCAUUUACUCAAAAGUCCCUUCGUGGUACAUCCUGGCACAGGACGCGUGUGCGUGCCAAUUGAUACCAGAGAGCUGGAGGACUUUGACCCUUUGGCUGUUCCUACAGUGCAAGAACUUCUCGGCGAGAUUGAUUCAUGGAAAGACGAUGAUGAUAGUGCUGCAAGUCAAGGUGACAAGGGCAAGGGGAUUUCGGAUUGGGAAAAGACGAGCUUAAAGCCGUAUGUCGAGUAUUUCCGGUCGUUUGUCAAUGGAAUCAUGAAGGACGAAGGCGCUGCACGAGUCAAGAGAGAGAGGGAUGAGGACGCAAUGGAAUUUUAA